CCCAAUCUCAUGUCGCGCCACAGGCCAGUGACGCCAGACCCAUACCCGCAACAACAAUACGCGUCUGUCCCUCGCUCUCCCCAAAGUCCUAGGAGUGCAUAUACACAACGGACGGCGCCGUCACGUGCGGGCACAGAGGCCACCAAUCGACCAGGGAUUAUUCAUGGGGUUGCGACUGGGAAUAUCGGAGCGGACUAUGGGCCAUACUCGUAUGACCCAAGCUUAAAUCGAGCAGCGCCUGGAGAGGGAACGCGACUACGCAAGUCCCCUUCUGCUCCUCGACCAAAUUUGGCAAGGACGGCGACCGUUAACACAAAGUUUGAACAAAACCUUGAUCUUGACGAUGCCCUCCACAAUCCAGACCCAGUCGCUGAUGCACGGCGCGACCGCAAGUUUGACGUGUUUUCCUCUCGAGGAUGGAUCAACGCAACUGCCCUCGUGGUGCUGUUUGGCGGCAUGCUCAUGUUGUUUGCGGGCUAUCCAAUACUCUGGCAUUAUACCCACCCCCGUUCACAUAUAACGGGCUUUAAUAUCGGCGGUAUAAACGCCACUGGCCAGGUUCCCCAGCUCUCCAGCUUUCCUCGGAUGAUAGACCAGGAUACCCCACAGUCGGCCUAUUCCUAUCGCGGAACUGAUGGCAAGAAAUACAAUCUGGUAUUUAGCGAUGAGUUCAACGUCGAAGGACGGUCAUUUUACCCCGGUGACGACCCAUAUUGGGAAGCCGUCGAUCUACAUUACUGGCCCACGGGAGACCUUGAAUGGUAUGAUCCCAGCGCGAUUACAACGAAGGACGGUAAACUGGUCAUAACCAUGACCGAAGUAAAAAAUCACGACCUCAACUUUAUGAGUGGAAUGCUGCAGUCAUGGAACAAAGUCUGUUUCACUACAGGAUAUGUGGAGAUGUCGAUUAGUUUGCCUGGUGCUCCCUCACAGCCGGGAUUUUGGCCAGGAGCGUGGAUGAUGGGCAAUCUAGGUCGUGCAGGAUAUGGUGCAACCACAGAGGGAAUGUGGCCGUAUAGUUAUGACACUUGUGAUCUUGGUACAUUCCCCAACCAAACGACACAUGACGGUCAACCUUCAGCCGUGUUCGACGACAAGUUGAGCUUUCUCCCCGGCCAACGACUCUCAGCGUGCACUUGCCCUGGAUCUGACCAUCCAGGGCCUUCUACCUCAACAGGACGCGGGGUACCCGAAAUCGAUAUUCUUGAAGCACAAGUCGAGAUUGAAGGGACAGCGCCAUUCUUCCGAGGCCAAGUUUCUCAAAGCUACCAAAUCGCACCGUAUGGAUUCAACCAUCAUUUCCGCAACUCAAGCGAUGUUACUCCGAUCGUGAACCAUACAAACAGCAAGUUUAAUUCCUACACAGGCAACCAAUACCAGGAGUCGGUGUCGGUUGUGUCCUAUAUCGAGGACCAAUUUUAUGACGGCAACGCCUAUGCGCCGUAUGGCCUCGAGUGGUAUUCGAACCCGUCAAAACGUUCGAGCGGAUAUAUCAACUGGCUCUCCAAUGGCGUGAAGACAUGGACGCUGACGCCAGACACGAUUGGCCCCAAUGACGACUCGCAGGUCUCGGGCCGGUUGAUUACCGAAGAGCCGAUGUAUCUGGUCUUGAACCUGGGCAUGUCGCCGAGCUUCCAGCAACAAGAUUUCAAUGCUAUGAAGUUCCCUGCUCAAAUGCGAAUUGACUAUGUUCGUGUCUACCAGCAGAGCGGCAUCAAAGACGGAGUGACCUGCAACCCACCGAGCCGUCCAACCUCAGACUACAUCAACCGACAUAUAGCGGCAUAUUCAAACCCGAAUCUAACGACUGGGCGGUCGAUGCCGCGUUUACUCGUCCAGAUAGCCUCCUACAACACCAACCUCCAAGGCGAUGAUGGGGUUCCGCAGAGUCUCGUUGAUUGGCUCAGCCCGACUCUCCAGGUGUCCAAUUUCCUCUCGCACCCACAACAUCCCGCCGACAUAAUUGCUGUCGGGUUCCAGGAGCUUCUGCCCCUCCAUCUCGGGCUAUCUGGCCUCUCGAAGAAGGUCAUACAGAACCGCGACGCCCAUAUUCAAGGCCAGAUUGAGACAUUCACAAACGAGAAAUACGGGCUAGUGAACAAGGUCGUCAAUGGCGGAGUUGCCUUGCUUGUCUAUGCCCGCGAUGGCGGGGUUGCGCGCUCUGCUUGCGAUAUCCAAACGACAUGGACGGGGACUGGCCCUGGCUAUAUGGGCAACAAGGGCGCUGUUGCGGUCCGCUUUCGCGUGCCAGGGGACGAUGGAGGGGUUGGAGAAACUUUCACUUUCAUAUGUGCCCAUCUAACUGCCCACUCCGAGAAACUGCGGCAACGCAUCGCUGACUGGCACCACAUCGUUGGCACACUCCUCUUUCCGUCGCUGACAGGCGGGGAGUCAACCACUGUUUACCACACGUCCCAUCUAUUCCUGUUAGGAGACCUCAACUUCCGUGUAGUGCUGCCUCCGGAACAUCCUUUAAAGGGCGUGUCAAGUGCGAUUGGACAGGCUCUCUCGCAACAAAGUGCUCGAGAUGCGUUCAAGGAAUACGAUCAACUCCUAGUUGAGCGCCGACAGCCCUCGAAUAACCUCUUUGUUGGCCUGCGUGAGGGCGAGUUCUGGAAGUUCAAGUGCAGCUACAAGUAUCAUAUCGGCCACGCGGAUCGUUACAGCGAGAAGCGGAGUCCGGCCUGGACGGAUCGAAUACUUUAUACUACCUACCUGGACUCGCCAGCGACACCAGACGACUCUGUGAUCACGAAUGUCCUCUAUACCUCGAUACCAGGCUACACCACAUCAGACCAUAAACCCAUUGUAGCUAUGCUCCUCCUUCCGGAGUCCGACGCAGGAAACACAUCAGACUCGCCUCCGCUGCUGCGUCUCCCCGCUGACUAUGUGCCAACACCUGACCCCCAUGCUACACUGAAGCGCUACAUCGGCCGAGUACUGGACCGGCUCGUUGGUCGACUCUGGUGGCUGUUGACGCUUCUUGGCGCCGGCUCAACCGUAAUGGGCCUCUUCAAUUUUGUUCUUGGAGUCAGCGCAUGGGGCUGGUGGCGCGCAAAGGCUGGCGAUGGCGUUGUUUGA